AUGGACCGUAGAAUGCGCGUCUCUUCGGCGCUCUUAAGCUUCAUCGCCACAUUGUCUGCGAUAGCUGCCUUCGUGCCUGGAGCUGAUGGGCCAGUGUCAAGGCAGGAUGCUCUGGAAGGCGGGAACACCACGUUGUAUUGUGACUCAACUCCAGAUACGUCUGAUGAUGAAUUGAUGCUCCUUGUCUGGUAUAAGGACAAUGCGCCAAUUUACAGCUUUGACGCCCGUACAGGCACUAAGUGGUCGAGUACCUCCUUCAACACCAGCAACAGGCUGCAGGCGGAUAUACAUCAGCAGCCCACUAGCCUCGUGAUAACUGACUUGAGGGGGGAUGACCAGGCACUCUACCAUUGCCGUGUGGACUUCUUACUAGCGCCUACCAGAAAUGUUGGCGUAAAUUUAACUGUUAUUGUGUUACCAAGUCAACCGUUUUUUCUGGACGAAUUAGGGAACAAAGUUGAGAAUAAAAUUGGCCCAUAUCACGAAGGUGACACUUUGGUUUUAAGUUGUCUCGUUAUUGGAGGUAGACCUCCGCCUAGGAUUAGUUGGUACUCCGGCGAGGAUCUAGUGGAUGCAUCAGAUGGUGUCAGCGACAUACCUGGGGUGAGGGAGAACGAACUCUAUCUGCCUCUCACUCGGGACAACACCCGGUCGCUCUCUUGCAGGGCAAGCAACACACAUCUAACACAACCUGUGAUAUCUGGUCUUAAGAUUGAAUUAUAUUUACCUGCCUUCAACGUAUCAAUACACUGGGUUAGUGGAACCAAUGGUGAUGCUUUGCAGGCCGGCAAAACCGCGGUCGCGAGGUGUAUAGCACAUGGGUCCUAUCCAUCCCCGGAUAUUAUUUGGUGGCUGGACCAUCGACACUUGUCACAACAUAGUAAUCAGAGCGUCAUUAACUCAUCCCGUACGGCGGUGUCGUAUUUAGAAUUAACGCCAUCUGUCGGCGACCACGGCGCAACGCUUGCUUGCAUCGCAACGAACAGUGCGAUGGCGCCCGAUAGAAAUUCCAAAGCCGAUGUGGUUGUGUUAAAUGUUACCUAUAGUCCAUUAGUAGAAGUAAUAAAAGACGGAGACGGAAGACUGAAUGAGGUUUCAGAACUGGACACUUUGCAUUUGACGUGCGAGACGAAGGCGAACCCACCGGUUGACAAUUAUACAUGGUAUUUUAAUAAUAUAGAAAUAAAACCAAAUAGUAUAUGGGGAAGCCAAACCAAAGCCCAGAGUCUGACAAUAGUUGAGACUGAGAGAAAGCAUGCAGGACAAUACUCUUGUGCAGCCGCGAACGGCGUCGGUGAAACCAGAGCUGAAGCAAUUAGCAUUAUUGUUUAUUAUCCUCCUGAAUGCACAAGUAGUGGGAUCACAUUGGUCAAAGAAACUCUCAAAUGCAGCGUACGAGGUUUACCAGAACCAGAUACGUUUUUCUGGCACAUUCAAACAUCUGGCGAGGAUGCACAGCACCUUACAACUGGCUCGCCCAUUCUUCCCUUGAGCCAGCUUACAGGAAGCCUUUCAGGGCUGCUGGAUGCCAGCUGUGAAGCUGGUAAUGGCGUGGCAUCCCAGGAGAAGCCAUGUAAGAAGUUCUUUUCACUGGAACAGCUAAGACCACCACAACCUCAGCAGUGUGACCUGGCCUAUGAGUAUGAGGAGUUUCAAAUGAGAUGUGUACCAGUGGAAAACGCAACCUACUAUGAAGUAUCAGUCUGGAGAAUAUCCACAUCCAACGCCUCAAUGUACUUGGAGAAGCGUGGUUCUAUGGGUUUUGGAGUAAGCCAAGCGCUGGCGCAAGGCGGCGGAGUCCCGUGGCUGGUGAGAGGUCCUCUCGGAACCCUGAAGAUGGGUGACGAGGCUGCAGCAUCAGCUUGCAACAGAUAUGGGUGCUCAAGAGCUCUCCUUUUGAGGCCGACUGAAAAUUUACUAGACGCCGCAGAAACACCGUGGUGGAAAUAUAAAGACGUCGGAAUAUCAAUAGGUGCUCUUCUCCUGGUAAUCGUCUUUAUAACCUCGACGGUACUUCUGGUGCGGCUGAUUCAAAGAUCCAGACGUAAGCCAGUCCCUGUUAUACAGGUCUUGCAGCUGGAUGAUGUUGCAAGAGAUUACUUGGAUACUAUUGGAGAACAUAAAAUCCAAGCAUCACGAAGUCUUCGAUCCUGCAGUAGUGGAUACUCCGACGGCUCCGCCGAGUCGGCGCCCCCCGUAGACCGACGAUCUAAGGCACGACUCAAUUGGGAGUGGGAGCCCCCACCCCCAGAUGUCACUUUAACCCUUCAUAGGGAAAGUGCUGUUUAG